AUGACGAGCACUAUCGGUAUUCCAAUCAAGCUCCUCAACGAGGCAGCAGGUCAUAUUGUCACGCUUGAAAUCACAUCUGGCGAAGUCUACCGCGGCAAGCUGAUUGAAGCCGAGGACAACAUGAACGUACAGCUGAAAGACAUCACUGUAACCGCCCGCGACGGCCGCGUCUCACAUCUCGAACAAGUAUACAUUCGAGGAAGUCAUGUGCGGUACUUCAUUGUCCCAGACAUGUUGAGGUGA